UUACGUGAUGACGUGAUACGUAUAUGAGCGCACGCUGCGCGCAUCUUGGGCCUCUUGUUUUCCCGCCGCCGUCAGUGUACUUUGGUGCGCAUGCGCAGAGCUCCCGCCGGACAUCGCGCGCACAUACCCACGGUUUGAGGACAGAGACCAUUAAUGGCUGACCUGGACAAUAAAGAGCAGGCUGAGCUGGAUCAGGCUGAUAUGGAAGAUGUGGAGGAAGUGGAAGAGGAGGAGACUGGAGAGGACAGCAAAGCUCGACAGCUGACUGUACAGAUGAUGCAGAACCCUCAGAUCCUGGCAGCACUACAGGAGAGACUGGACGGACUUGUGGGUUCUCCUUCAGGGUACAUGGAGAGCCUGCCGCGGGUGGUGAAGCGGAGAGUGAAUGCUCUGAAGAACCUGCAGGUGAAAUGUGCUCACAUCGAGGCGAAGUUCUAUGAAGAAGUACAUGAGCUGGAGAGGAAGUACGCAGCACUCUACCAACCUCUCUAUGACAAGCGCAGUGACAUCAUCAGUUCAGCAUAUGAACCUACAGAGGAGGAAUGUGAGUGGAAACAGGCAGAAGAGGAAGAGCUCUCGGGGGAGCUAAAGGACAAGGCGAAGGUUGAAGAGGAGAAAAAGGAUGAAGAGAAGGAAGACCCUAAAGGAAUUCCUGAGUUCUGGCUCACUGUGUUUAAGAAUGUUGAUCUGCUCAGUGAGAUGUUACAGGAGCAUGAUGAACCCAUCCUCAAACACUUACAGGACAUCAAGGUCAAGUUCUCUGAUGCAGGACAGCCCAUGAGUUUUACGUUAGAGUUCCACUUUGAGCAGAAUGACUUUUUCUCCAACACGGUUCUAACUAAGACCUACAAGAUGAGAUCAGAACCUGAUGAGUCCGACCCCUUCUCCUUUGAUGGCCCUGAGAUCAUGGGCUGCACUGGGUGCACGAUUGAUUGGACCAAAGGAAAGAAUGUUACCUUGAAGACCAUAAAGAAGAAGCAGAAGCAUAAGGGCAGAGGGACUGUGAGGACUGUCACAAAGACUGUUCCUAAUGACUCAUUCUUCAAUUUCUUCUCCCCUCCUGAAGUACCAGAGAGUGGUGAACUGGAUGAAGACUCGGAGGCCAUCAUGGCAGCAGACUUUGAGAUCGGUCACUUUAUCCGUGAGCACAUUGUGCCACGUGCGGUCCUCUACUUCACCGGGGAGGCCAUCGAGGAUGACGAUGAUGAUUAUGAUGAGGAGGGGGAGGAGGCUGAUGAUGAGGAGGGAGAGGAAGAGGCAGAUGAGGAAAACGAUCCAGACUAUGACCCGAAGGUUUAGAAGGAUGCCAAUCCCCCGGCGGAGUGUAAACAGCAGUGAUGGACACACUGCUCUGUGACGGUGUGAUUCCCCUCCUCUGGUCCUGCAGCCUUAUGUUUUGUAUUUCUCUAUUGGUAGAUUUAAUCAUAAUUACUGAUACACACACACACACACACACACACACACAUUUUCACUUACUCUUACUCAUAUACAGCAGCUGUAGCUCACCCCUCUGUAACCAACACACACACACCCGCGUGCACACUGCUACAUGCAGGAACAUUCCAGAAACACGACUCAACACCAGUCGGUUAGCUGCUCUGUGAUUGGCUGAACCCCUGGUGUAUUGCGGGAAGUCAUUGGUCAGCGUUUAAGGGUGAUGAACAUUCCUGCUCAAUGAUUUGCUAAAUUCAGACAGUCCUUCCAGUUUAGGAGUAACCUAGAUAGCUGGUAAUAGCUGAACAUAGUGACAGUGCUGGAGGAGUCAUGUGACUGUCACAUUAUUCCACUGUAUUGACUCCGCCCCCACACUUGUCUUUUUUUUUUUUCUCGUAAAUGAAUAUAUUAACCACUUCAGGGCCGUCAGAGUUUACAUUUUAUGAUUGGCUAAAUCCUGACUCUGACUUCCUGUUCCUCUGACUGUGGAGCCUUUGAUGGUUGUUGGUUAAAUCCUCACUGACGUCCUGUUUGGGCAGGUAUAGGGUAAGCUCUGCCCACAUGGGUGCCUUAUAUCUGUAGUAGCAGUUCUGCCAGUCAGAAAUUUGACAGGCUCCGCCCCCAGCUCCGCCCCAGCCAUUCAGCUUUUUCUUGUAGCACUUCAACAGUCCAGUGAGAACAUAGAGCUGUUCUGAUUGGCUGAGUCAUGACUUCCUGUUUUUUUUUUUCUGUAUGGUAUGGAAGUAGCUCCACCUGCAAUGAUGUCAUCAUUCUGUUAAAUGUUUUUAUUGGUGGAAUUCUGACUUCAUUUUAGUCUGAUUCACUGGAAGCAUGUUGAGAUGUUUAAGGUGGAAAGGUCUAAACGGCUCUAAACAAUAUCUUGGAACUUGAUUUAGCUCCACUUCUAAAUUUGCUAUUUAUAAUUGCAGCACUUCAGCAUUUGAGCGUUCAUCUGUUUCCUUCAGUGAACAGUCUGGACUGACCAUCAGAGACCCCACCCACAAACAUUAGCCCCACCUACACUAGCUCAGACCGACUGAAACAGUUAGCACGAUGACUGUGUGUGCGCGAGAUGAAUUGUAGUAAAACCCAGAAGGGGGGGAGUUCAGGGGUGUGUGUGAGCUGCAGCUGUUGUUGAGACAGUUCUCCAUGUUACAGAUGUUCUAAUGUACUCAGAUGUGUACUCAUCCAAUAAACUGGUUCUAUGUGCA